CUAAAACUCCUUUGUUCCCCUUCUCUUCUUUAUCCAGCCAGAAAUGAGCAAAAGGCAUACGGGGUCGCUUCGGAUCAAUAACGUUUUCUCCCGACACACCCCAAGAUACCCAAGUCCGAGAAGCUUUUCUACGGCGAGUCCCCGGCAAGAUGCGGCGUCAAAGGCAAAUGAUAAUGACAGGGCAUCAAAGCCUCAAGAUGAACCCCAAGAAGACAGUGCCAUGAGGCGAAGGCUAUCUGAAAUGACAGAACAAGCUAUGCUAGAGGGUGGUCGGUCUGCGCGCAGAAACCUACAGCAAGCGGGGUUCUCGGAGGAGCUCAAGAAACAGCUUGAGGAGAGAGUCGCAGCAGCGUCGUUCAAGAGCGAGCAUGCGGCCGCCCACUCUGUUGUCGAUAUGCCAGCAAGCGCAGGUCAAGGCACUCGAGAGAUCGCUGGAGCAACACCCUGGACUGGCUCGGAGAGUGUUCACGACGUGACCCUACGCAUGCUUGAUGGCUCUAAGAAACCGUUGCGCACGCCGUAUAAAAUCCCUCAACCCGGUCCCAUCGAUACUCGACUCAGCCCCAAGCCCAACCCAUCACCGGGUAUCCGACUCGCAGAUGCACGAGAACGCACAGCCACAUACACAUUAAGCCAAAGCCCAGGGGUGUCCGAGGACGAACGAGAAGCGAUGCGACGGGAGAUGCGGGAAAGAUUCACACCGGGAUCCCGGCCAAUGCCGGCCACGCUACAAGGAUUAGCUUCGCUUGCGAACGAGCGAAUCGAGGAUGCUAUCGCGCGCGGCCAAUUCGAUAGGAUCAAACGAGGAAAGGGUGUAAACAUCCACACGGACCAUAAUGCGAAUAGUGCAUUUAUCGAUACAACGGAGUACUUCAUGAACAAGAUCAUUCAGAAGCAGGAGAUCGUCCCACCUUGGAUAGAAAAGCAACAGGAGCUUUCAAGAGAAAUCGAUCGAUUCCGCCAGCGGAUAAGAACCGAAUGGAGGCGACAUGCUGCCAGACUGAUCGCCAGCCAGGGCGGGUCAUUAGGAGCACAAAUGCGCCGGGCCCAGGCAUACGCCGCCGCCGAAGCCAGGAGAGCCAGGAGAGCCAAGAUCGAGCAAGCUUUCCGAGAUACAGACGAAACCUCUGUGUGCGACCUGAACCCGCAGUGCCAGACAUCCGCUGAAGAGGAUCUCGAUCAAGUAUCCCCUCUACGGGACCCGCAGUACACCGCAAUCGAACGCUCGUUCUAUGAGCUCUCAGUAAAGAGUAUCAACGAUCUUGCGCGCUCCUACAACCUGCAAGCGCCACCGGUUGCGCAAAAACCGUAUCUCAACCUUGAGCGGGAACUCGCCGCUUGCUAUCUUGACGUUGCCCCUUCUUUAGCGGAGGAAAUCAAGCGGCGUGCGAGUGAACGAGCUCGUGCUCCGCCGUCCAUUGGGACGAAAGCCAGUAGCGUCCUUGAUGCGUUAAGCACAUCCCAGACUACGCAGGUAUACGAGGAGGACCAAUCAAAGGGCUACGGAUUCAAGGAGUUCUGGCAAGAUUUGUUCUCCAAACAGUAAGAACCGAUAUUAGACCAUUCACUGUGUACAUAUAUAUGAGCAAGAAAGUUAAUAGAAAGGCAUUCCAAUCUGC